UCAUUAGUAUCUCAAACAACUUUGCAGCAAAUAAAAUUUGAAUCUUGGUUAUAAAUUUCCUCUCGUGGUCAGCACUAGUUACAGAGAGAGGGCAUAAAAAUUGGAUCUUGACAACUAUAUUUCGUUUUCCGUUCAAUUUUUUCGGCGACAUUUUCAUGGUUAUGCUUCUUUGGAUCUGGGUUUUCUUGGUUUAUCCAAAAGCAAACAGGGAUUUUGGGUGAAAAUUUAUGGGCUUAAGUGAAGAGAAUUGCUUCUGACACACUGAUUUAAUAGCAUUUUUGGCUUAGGAAUUCACUGCCACUGAGUGGUAAAAAUUGGGAAGAAAGAGUAGAAAGUGAUUGUAUCUAUGAAAGAAAGGGAAAUUGUGAUUAAUAUUGAGAAUUGUAUGGAAAGUAUGAAUCAAGAAGGUGGGGUUUCUCCCAAUUCAGAGGUGUGUGGUAUGCCUAUGAGUGUUGAUGCAUUAGCCAAUGGUGAAAACUCAUUAAGCCCUUUGAGAAAUGCUAUGGAUGCUGGUGGGGUUUCUCCGAAUUCAGAGGGGAAAACGAGGAAGGAGAGGCGCUCGACGAUGAGUGCCAAGAAGCCUCCUCGGCCUCCCAGAGAUUUGUCGUUGGACGCUGCUGAUCAGAAGCUGAUCAAGGAGAUAUCCGAGCUUCUUAUGAUGAAACGUGCUAGGAUCGAACGGAUCAAGGCGUUGAAGAAGGCGAAGGCAGCAAAAGGGGUGUCUUCGUCAGCUUCCUCUGCUGGCAACUUGAUAGCUAUGCUCUUCACACUUCUGUUCUGCAUUGUCAUCAUUUUCCAAGGGUGCCAUCCUUGGGGGAAUUUUACAAGGAACAGCUCAGGCGUAGGCGACCCUAUUUCACCAAUGUCGGAUGGAGCGACAGAGGGCAACGUUCUUGCCCUUAAGGAAACACAAAAUUUGUCUAGCGGUAGUGUGCACAUGUCGUAUGAAGUUGGAUCCCCAAAUCUACUGGUUCGUGGCUCAGAUAAUAAGGCCGAAGGUGGAAGAGCCAUCCAUUGAUACGACUGUUUCUGGGCAUUGAUCGCGUCCAGUCCAACAUUGAGAUUAUACGAUGCUAGGUGUGCGAGAGCGCAUCAGGGUACAUAAUGCAGUGUGCGCGCGUGCACGCUGGUUUACGUGUAGCUAGGUAAUAUUACCUGGCUAACAUCAAGGGAAGGCCAGGGUUGUGUGUUGAGGGAUUUUGUCUGAUUUCUGGGAUAACUGCUUCUGGCAUUAAGGAAUUCCAUGUGCUUAGAUCCAGGAAAUAAGCUAUGUACAUUUAUGUAUGUCUUAUACUUUAAUUAGUAAUUACUGUAAUUGUUGCCAUGAAAAUAAAUACUAGUACUAAUAAGAUUUCAGCAGUGUUGACUUGCUUUAUUUA